GAAGUCGGCAAGCCCGCAGUUGAAGCGCCGGGAUAACCAGACAGUCCAGAUUCGCCGUCGCCUCAGACGACGCAGCCAGGUCCGGCGACAUGGGCGCCGCGGCGGCCGACCUCGAGGCCCGUCAGCUCCGCAUCCUCGCCCGGAUCGCGGACCUCGAGCUGGCUGCGCAGCAGCGCCGCCUCGGGGCGUUCUCCAUCUCCGCCGCGCCGCCCUCGGAGGACGGCGACGCCGGCGCGGGGGCCACCGAGGCGCGGCUCUCGGCCCUCCUGGCCGCGCGGGGCGUGCGGGACUUCGCCUUCCGGCGCGUGCCCGCGGACUACUACGACCGCCCCCUCGAGGAGCGACGCGGCCUCCUCCGCGCCGACUCGGUCGCUCAGCUCUGCAAGAGCAUCGUCAUGGUGAACACCCAAGCCGCUGCAGAUGUUGUUGACUGCAGCAAUCCAAAGAAUUCAAAAUACUAUGUCGUUGUUAUUCAGUAUAUGGCACGGCUUAACGCUGAAAACAUCAAGAACUUCCUGUACGAACUAAAUGAGAAGCAAACACCCAAAAAGAGAUUUAACAUGAGGUUGGCACCAGAAGAGGAGUCGCACAAGCUCACUGGGUUUGUGCACAACGCUGUCACAUGCAUCGGGAUGGAAACAAACAUACCGGUUAUCAUAGAUGAAGCUAUCACCAAGUUGGAUGAGGAUUUCUUCUGGCUGGGUGGUGGAGAAGUUGACCUCAAGCUCGGGAUGCGAACCUCACAAUACCUAAGUGCCUUCAGUCCAUUCGUUGUGAAAUGCAGCUGAUGGUGAUCCGCAACGAAAGAGAAGCUUCUGCUCCAUUUGGUUCUAGGGAGCGUCCAUCGAUGCAUCACAUGCAGGCACACGGCACACCACAAUAGAUUUUGCUUGGAUCUGGGGUUGGGAUGUCUGUCUUUUUUGGAGCAGGCUAUCCCCUUCCAUUUGCUCGCCUCACAUUGUUUACAGCUGACUGCUGGUAAGAUUGAUGUAGUGGAGGGGGCAUUCUUGGGAAGAUUGAGAUAUUUGCCACAACUAGGCAUAUAAUAUUACUCUUCGCAGUUUGUGCCAAAAAAUUCACAUUGGACACCCGUGUGGUUACAUGGUUUAGUCAUGGUAAUUUAUCUGAAAGCUGUCCUGACACUAA